AUGCCUCCAGUGACCUGGCGACAGGCUGCGCGGCAGGAGCGCCGGAUAGUCUAUUACCACCAAACCCUCCGUCCAGACAGAGGCGAUUAUGUCUCUCUGCUGCCGUUGACAAUGAAUAAUACAGGGGUCACACACGUUAUCAUCGCAGCAUUUCACCUGAAUGAAGAUCCGGAGAAAAUCACGCUCAAUGAUGACCCGCCAGAUAGCCCCCACCACGACCCGCUAUGGGCGGAAGUUCCCCAGGUUAAGCAGAGCGGCGUCAAGGUGAUGGGAAUGCUAGGAGGAGCGGCUCCAGGCUCGUUUGUACGCUUAGACGGUAACGAGGAUCAAUUUGAACGUUACUACCGGCCCUUAUUGGCUGUAAUUCGCCGACACGGACUGGAGGGCUUGGAUCUCGACGUGGAAGAGCCCAUGUCGCUACCUGGCAUCAUCCGGCUUAUUGACCGGCUCAAGUCGGACCUGGGAGACGAAUUCAUUAUUACGCUCGCACCAGUUGCCGUGGCACUUCUGGGGAUCGGUAAUCUCUCUGGCUUCGACUAUCGUCUUCUAGAGCAACAGCGUGCGUCGAAAAUCAGCUGGUACAAUACCCAGUUCUACAAUGGUUGGGGUCCUGCUGAGGAUCCACGGUUGUAUGCCCUCAUGAUCACGCAGGGAUGGGCUCCUAAUCGGGUGGUCUGUGGGCUGUUGACUAACCCUUCCAAUGGCUCGCAGGGGUACGUGGCUCAUGAAAAGAUCGGACCGGCUCUGGCCCUCCUGAUUGAACAGUUCCCGAAUUUUGGAGGGGUUAUGGGCUGGGAGUACUUUAAUGCUCUACCUGGAGGGCGAGAGAAACCGUGGCAAUGGGCGGCGCAGAUGUCACUAAGUAUGGGCAUGAAAGACGUCCUUACUGCCGCGCAGGAAGUGAUGGGAACUCAACCCGCGAUAAACAAUCUCAUUGACGCAUUAAGAGCCAUGAUGAAUCAGGGGCGUUGA